UAUCUCUCUCUUCUCACGUCUAUCUUUCUUCUUCACACAUCCUUGUUAAUUCAGAGCGUUGUGAUUGUAAUGGCAACAUCAGCUCAUAGAGCAUACGCUUUUGGUAGGGCCGACGAGGCUACACACCCUGACUCCAUUAGAGCCACUUUAGCUGAGUUCCUCUCCACUUUUGUCUUUGUCUUUGCAGCUGAAGGCUCUAUCCUCUCUCUCGAUAAGUUGUAUUGGAGCCAUGCCGCGCAUGCAGGGACAAACACACCAGGAGGACUGGUAUUAGUAGCGUUAGCUCAUGCCUUUGCUCUGUUCGCUGCUGUCUCCGCAGCCAUCAAUGUCUCUGGUGGACACGUUAACCCUGCCGUCACGUUUGGUGCUCUUAUUGGAGGCAGACUUUCUGCGAUCCGUGCCAUAUACUACUGGAUAGCUCAGCUUCUUGGAGCCAUCCUCGCUUGUCUAUUGUUGAGGCUUUCCACAAACGGCAUGAGACCAGUUGGUUUCCGUGUAGCGUCAGGUGUUGGUGCAGUUAAUGGACUCAUUUUAGAGAUCAUCUUAACGUUUGGCUUAGUCUACGUCGUUUACUCGACUUUGAUUGAUCCAAAGCGUGGAAGUCUUGGGGUUAUAGGACCACUUGCGGUAGGACUCAUAGUUGGGGCAAACAUCUUGGUGGGUGGGCCGUUCUCUGGUGCGUCAAUGAAUCCAGCUAGAGCCUUUGGUCCAGCGUUGGUUGGAUGGAGAUGGGAUGACCAUUGGAUCUACUGGGUUGGACCAUUCAUUGGUGGUGCUUUAGCUGCUCUUAUAUAUGAGUACAUGGUCAUACCUACUGAGCCACCUACGCACCCCACCCACCAGCCCUUGGCUCCUGAAGAUUACUAGAUGAGACUGUCCUCUUGGUCUGGCUGCUGCUUGUCCUUGUUCAAGCUUUCUUUGUAUGUGUAAAAUCACUUUGCAUAGAAUCUUUGUUUUGAUGUUGUGAUAAUAUGAAUAAGGAAAGAUGUCUAGAGGAU